AUAUUGAGAAAGAUGAAAUCAGAAAAAUGAAACAGGAAGGAAAACCGAAAGCAGAUAUUCAACAGAAAGUUCUUGAUUACUACGAAAAUUUGACGGGUGAUGCAAAAGAGGAAGCCAGUGAGAAACUUCGCGGAGGUUGUCGUGAAUUAUUGAAGCAAAUCGUUGGUGAUGAAAAAAUGGCUGAAUUAAAACAAAUGAAGGACUCAGGAGUUGGUCUGGAAGAACUCAGAGCAAAAGUCGAUGAUAUGUUGGGACAUGUUACUGACGAAGCCAAAAAGAAAAAAAUUCAUGAAUAUGGUCCUACUUGCCGCAAAAUCUUCGAAACGCCUUUGAUGCGAAAUAGGCGACAUCAAAUAAGUGAUAGUUUAAAGUAUCACGACGAUACUAACUUCCAAUGGUUUACUGACGAAGAGAAAAAUGUAAUUCUCGAAAUAAUAGGAGGAAAAAAAUCAAAAAUCGAUAUGCUGAAGGCGAUCUUUUUUUACUAUCAGAAUCUUCGUGAGGAAGAAAAGGAAAGAGCUGCAGAGAGCCUGAGAUUAGUUUGUGAAGAUGUUUUCCGGGGUUUGGUCGACGAAAAUCGAUUACUUGAAUUGCAGGCAUUGGAAGACGAUGGCUCUUCAAUAAGUGAAUUAAUGAAAAUGUUGUCGGCUGCUACGGAUAAAUCGAAGUUCAUACAAAUCAGAACAUAUCAAACUGCCUGUCACAGAAUCUUUGACUCAGGACAAUUUAGAAAAACAAUUCGCGAAUACAACGACCAGGCUUUAGAUAAUUAUUUUCAGAAUAAUUUAAAAUGGCUUUCAGUGGAGCAGAAGGAAGAACUGAGAAAAAUGAAGGAAAAUGGUAAAUCUAAGGCUGACAUGGUUGCUAAAGUGUUUCGUUAUUACGAUGAAUUAUUCGGAGAAGCAAAGCAGCGCGUCACUGAACUGUUGUUUGACGGCUGUCGACAAAUUUUAAAAGAUGUUUUUGGUGGGGACCGGUACAACGAACUAGCAAGAAUGAAGGAUUCGGGCGCAAAUGUGAAUGAUCUAAAAGCAAUUGCUGAUUCAAUGUUUAGUGAAAUAGUAGAUAAGGAAAAGGAAGAAAAAAUUAAAACUUAUGGCUCUUUAUGUAGGAAAAUAUUUGCAAGGGUAAAUCGUGAACGUUCAUUAGAGGAGCACUUCAAAACGGAUCUGAAAUGGCUUACGGAGAAACAGAAGGAUAAGGUGUUAAAGAUAAAGGAGGAAAACAAUUCAAAAACAGAUAUUCAAAGAAAAAUAUUGCAUUUCUACGAAGAUUUAAAUGAGGAAGCGAAGGAAAUAGCUGAAUUCAUUAAUGGUGCAUGUCACGAUAUGAUUGUGAAAAUUUUUGGUGAUGAGAAUGCAGCAGAACUGCAGAAAGUAAUAGAAUCGGUUGGCAUUACCGAUGAAAUUAGACGCAAGAUGGAUGGAAUGAUUAAUGAAAUUCAGGAUGAGGACAAGAGAGCAAAAGCACGAGAAUAUGGCCCAAUUUGCCAAAAAAUUUUUGAUUAUCAACAUAAACAUCAUGAACAUUCACCAGCGGAUUUUUUUCAUAUUCAUUUGAAAUGGCUUUCUGAAAUGCAAAAGGAUGAAAUCAAGAAAAUGAAAACGGACGGAAAAAGUCGUGAAGAAAUUCAAUCUAAAAUUUUUGAAUUUUUUGAAAAUGCAAGCAGUGAAACGAAGAAAUAUGCGACAAAUUCACUAUUGGAAAGCUGUCAUGAAUUAUUAAAAAUGAUUGACGGUGAGGAGAAAGUACAUGAGUUACAAAGUGAAUUGCCUGCCAAGAAGAUCGAAAAGAAAAUCACUUCAAUAAUCGACUUUGUAACUAGUCAAUCAGAAAAAGCUCAUGAUGCUAAAGCUUUCGUAACAUCCUGUAUGAAUCUCUACAAUAUCCGCAUGAAUAGGCAAAAGCAAGGUUCUGAGAAGCUAUUUCAUGCUUAUUUAACCUAA